GGCGGGCGCGGCUGGCAGGCCUUCGGCACCCUUCAGCCUCCUUCAGCCUCCUUCAGCCCGGCAUCCCGGGGCUCCCGCCGGCCGGACCGGCGCCGCUUCCCCUGCUGCAGAGCCUUUGGGAUCGCCGGAGAUCCCGCAGUGCGAGCCCCGCGGAGCAGGUGGCGCGUCCAGGUUGUGAGUGCUGCAUGUGUGCUUUUCAGAGCAGUAGUGUGAGGAAGCUGGCAGUGGAAUGGCAGGACGGCCUCAUCCUUAUGACAGUAACUCCAGUGAUCCAGAGAAUUGGGAUCGGAAAUUGCAUAAUAGACCUCGUAAACUUUGUAAACAUUCAAGCACCUCAUCCCGUGUAGCUAAAGGAAUCGACUACACCAAAAUGAGCCUGCAUGGGGCCAGUGGCGGACACGAGCGAUCGAGGGACAGGCGCAGAUCCAGUGACAGAUCUCGGGACUCGUCCCACGAGAGAGCAGAGUCCCAGCUCACUCCGUGCAUCAGGAAUGUCACUUCACCAACAAGACAGUAUCAUUCUGAUCGCGAGAAGGAUCACAGUUCAUCUCGGCCCAGCAGCCCCCGGCCCCAGAAGACAUCCCCCAAUGGUUCUGUUGUCAGCAUGGGCACCAGCAGCAGGAACAGCAGCCAGUCCAGCUCAGAUGGCAGCUGCAAGGCUGGUGGGGAAAUGGUGUUUGUGUAUGAAAAUGGCAAAGAGGGAGCUCGGAAUGUCAGAACUUCCGAGCGAGUGACGCUCAUCGUCGACAACACCAGAUUUGUUGUAGAUCCUUCCAUCUUCACUGCACAACCUAACACAAUGUUGGGCAGGAUGUUUGGAUCAGGCAGAGAACACAACUUUACACGGCCCAAUGAAAAAGGAGAGUAUGAAGUUGCUGAAGGAAUUGGUUCUACUGUGUUUCGUGCUAUUCUGGAUUACUACAAGACUGGGGUGAUACGCUGUCCUGAUGGGAUAUCUAUUCCUGAACUGAGGGAAGCAUGUGACUAUCUCUGUAUCUCCUUUGAGUAUAGUACUAUAAAAUGCAGAGAUCUGAGUGCUCUCAUGCAUGAACUAUCAAAUGAUGGUGCUCGCAAGCAAUUUGAGUUUUACCUGGAAGAAAUGAUUCUGCCAUUAAUGGUAGCCAGUGCCCAGAGUGGGGAGAGGGAGUGCCACAUUGUUGUGCUGACAGAUGAUGAUGUUGUUGACUGGGAUGAAGAGUAUCCCCCCCAAAUGGGAGAGGAGUAUUCACAAAUUAUUUACAGCACAAAGUUGUAUAGAUUCUUCAAAUACAUUGAAAACAGAGACGUGGCCAAAUCAGUUCUGAAGGAAAGGGGGCUCAAGAAGAUCCGACUGGGCAUCGAAGGUUACCCCACGUACAAGGAGAAGGUGAAGAAGCGGCCGGGCGGGCGGCCGGAGGUGAUCUACAACUACGUGCAGAGGCCGUUCAUCCGCAUGUCCUGGGAGAAGGAGGAGGGCAAGAGCCGGCACGUUGACUUCCAGUGCGUGAAGAGCAAAUCCAUCACCAACCUGGCGGCGGCAGCAGCGGACAUCCCGCAGGACCAGCUGGUGGUGAUGCACCCCACGCCGCAGGUGGACGAGCUGGACAUCCUGCCCAUGCACCCGGCCCCCAGCAGCAGCGAGCCCGAGGCCGAGGGCCAGAACCCCCCGCUCUGAGCGCGCUGCCCCACCGCACGCAUGCUCCUGCAGUGACUGCACCCAGCCCAUCCCGCACUGCAACGCCAGUUUUCCAUUGUGUCCCGGUGUUUAGGAGACUGCAGCAGGGACCUGGCACGGCCCCAGGGCAUGCCUGGUGGCUCGGGGAGGAGCGCAGCCGGCGCUGGGCUCGGUGCCGUUCGUGUCUGUGUUUACCGUAGGUUUGUGACGUUGGUGACCGUGAGCUGGCCUGGCCCCGCUCCGCGGCCCCGCGGCCCCGCCGUGGCACGGCCUUAGGAAGCAGAGUGGGAAUUGAUAGUAGCACUUUACAAAUGGUUGAGAAGUGGAAUUUGAAGCCAUUUUUUAUAAAUGUAUUGCACAAUACUAACAAAGUGCUUCUAUCAAAGGUGUUAACUGUACAUAGUUUUGCUCUGGAUAGAUUGACCCUUUUGAAGUUAUUGUAUAUGGUUGAGCACAAAACUACUUACUCUUGGGUUUUUGGAUUGAGGACGUGAUUCAAUGACCCACGUAACAUCUUGUUCGAGUUCUUUAGUGAAUUUUUUCACUUGUUUGCAGCGUGAGCCAUGUUCAAAAAUUGUGAACAACGGACAGGGGCUUUAUCUUAAAUUUUGCCUUACCUUAAGCUGUUCACAAAUAUUUAUUUAAUACAUUUUUCAUAAGUGUCAUGAAAUAGGAAAAUGCAAAUGGUUCAUUCUUCAUUUAUUAAUGAUUGUAAACAAGUUUUUCAUGCAAAUAAAGUUUCCAUUAUUUUAA